UGUGAAAACAAAGAUGUCAGCGCCCAUGGCAGACACUUUUGUAAGGGAAAUUGAGAAAAAUAACGAGGAAGUUAUUAAAAUUCAUCAACUUGAGAUUGGAGAUGUUGGUUGUGUCGUGUGGGAUGCUGCUCUCGUACUAUCCAAAUACUUCGAAACUGAAGAUUUUCUCAAAGGACAACUUCUCAAAGAAAAGAAUAUUGUAGAACUGGGAGCCGGUACCGGUGUAGUCGGGAUAAUAGCGUCUACAUUCGGGGCAAAUGUGACUAUAACAGACUUGCCAGAGUUUAUCCCGUUGAUUAACAUGAACAUUGCAGCAAACAAACAUCUUAUUACAGGCAACGCUACAGCAAAAACAUUAGUAUGGGGAACAGAUACAAUCACAGAUCAAACGUUUGAUUAUGUUUGUCUUGCUGAUUGUAUCUAUUAUGAACAGUCUUUGCAGCCAUUAGUUGAAACAAUUGCAGAUCACUGUAAUGGGAGCACGACAGUUUUAUGCUGUUACGAAAAUAGAGAAACCGAACACAAACUUGAACUGAAAAGGAAUUUUUUUGAGUUGAUAGAUGAAAAGUUCCACGUUGAAGAAAUUCCUUUACACAGACAGGAUCCUCAGUUUAGGAGUGGAGAUAUACACAUAAUGAAGUUUAAAUUAAAGAAUCCUUGAAAUGUGUAUUUUGUAAAUGUUGACCAGUCAAAAGGGAUAUGAUGAUGGGAGUAUUAAACAACCCUGACGGGCUAUACAGCCCUCGCACGGUCGGGAUACGCCAUUUACCAUCUAUUUAUACGUGAUUUAAACAUGGAAGAAAAUGUUGUUAAAUAACCGAUUGGUUGUGCAUUUACUCUGUUAAAUUAAUUUUACACACAAUUAAUUCUAUAGUAUACUACUAUGUCAACUAAUAAGCAUUAAGAUACAACGAGUGUCUUACUUGUUUUUGAACAAUCUUGAAUCUAAUUGGCAUAUAUCUCCUAUCAAGGAAGAGAUACUGUUGUUAAUUUUAGA